AUGUGCUCGCUGUGUGAGGCGCGAAUUAGUUUGUGUGGUCGACUCCAGCUUCAAGCGGACGCCUGCCCGUCUCCGACUUCAGACGGUCACUGA